AUGAUACACGUACUCAUUUAUUUUAUUAAUAGGAAUGAAUCGGGAGACGGAGAAUUUGAUUUAUUUGGAGGAUUUAGAGAAUAUACAAUUUUAGGACAAUGUAAGGGCGGGACAGAGGUUACAUCUGAAGAUGUAACUGCGUUCGAAGAAACGCUAUCAAGAUUUGAUAGAAGUAAAACUAUCGCUAUCUUGAUAGCUCGUUACGACCACAGGGAAUUGUUAGCUCAAAGCAAUGCGGACGUUUUUACUCCAAACGCAAAAGCUAGAGCAAAAUCAUCCGAGUACAACAUUAUUCUAACGGAUGAAUUAAAUGU